AUGACAGCUGAAAAACAACUAGAUGAAUCCAACGUUUACCUUGAUUGGUUAGAAAAGGCAAUAUCAGAAAACUAUAUUAAAUAUUAUAAUUACGAUAAAUUUGCUAAUAGGGAAGAAAUCAGCGGCUGUUCUUAUGGAAACGUUUCUCGUGCAAACUGGGGAGAUUCCAGUACUAUCAUGGCCAUAAAGUAUUCAGAUAACUUAACCAUUAAAGAAAUCGUUAAUGAGAUAAAAAUGCAACGCGAAGUUGAUUAUCAUGCAAAUGUUAUCCAGUUUUAUGGAAUAUCCCGAUUUGAAACGAAUUCCAUCGAUCAAAAUAGCAAUAUUUUAAAAUCCACAAUAUCUCUAUUGAGUUGGAUUAAUAAAAUGGUAAAUCAAUACAUCUCUGAUAUUCAGGAAUUAUAUCAAAUAGUUAAUAUACUCUAUACAAGCCCGAAAGCUUACUCCUAA